ACGACAGGCGACAAUUUAAGGCAAACAAAAACGGUAAAAUUGAACUGGGCCGGACAAACCGGUUGCCUUAUGCAGUUAAUUACGAUGUUUUCUACAAGCGUAUGGUGGCUGUCACUCGUGACCCUCACUGCCGCUGACUACGUCACUUGGCCCGGCUGCCCAUUGGCAACCGUCAAACGAAUCAUCCAGCCCAACACCCCAGACCCAGAGGCCACUAUUCUAGACCUCAAGGAAUGCAACAUCAGCCACAUUGAAUACAACAACUUCGCACAUCCCAAUCUCGAGUUACUUGCUAUAAGCUCGAACGAUAUAACAAACCUAAAUGCCGACGUGUUUAAAUCUCUCACCCAACUAAGAUCCUUAUAUUUAGGAUACAACAGAAUUAAAGGGAAAGAUAUACCUCCGAACAUCUUCGAGAAUACUCGACGAUUGGAAAGAAUAGGUUUUACGGGAAAUAACAUGACCGGUACGCCUCAAAUUUUACUACAGGGCUUAGAUUCACUAGGUACACUAUGGCUAGACAAUUGUUCCUUGCAAGAAGUACCUUUUUUCGCCGCACACAAAUCUCUCAAACAGUUAUACCUCUAUGAUAACCAAAUUAAGACAUUGGACAACCCAGACAAAUGUAUUUGGCUCCAAAAUUUAGUAAAACUCCAUCUAUAUAACAACUUAAUUGAAUUUAUUCACGAGGAUUUCUUUCGGCCUCUAAUAAAUAUAGAAAACAUAGAUAUAAGUCGUAAUAAAAUUCGAUACCUCCCAGAUAAACUAUUUACGAAUUUAACUAGUUUAAGAACCGUUAAUUUAGAGAAAAACCGUAUUGAAUACGUAACCCUUGAAUCAUUUAGCGGCUGUAGAAACCUGUCUCAUAUCAACUUGUCUUACAACAAGUUAACAUUUUUGCCGUUAAAUUUCGUUUGUCAGUUUGGUAGGCUUGAGUAUUUGUAUUUCGAACGGAAUCCAUGGCAGUGCGCUUGUUUGAACGACAUACUUAUAGAAGUGAAGUCAAAGGCGGUACAGUAUAGAGAUAUAGACAAUAAGGGUAGUUCUGCGGCUUGCAUAGCUGUUGACUUUCGUUGUCAUAGGUUGAAAGAUGUUCAUCGCGAGCUUUUUGAUUCUAUAAUACAAGACAGUGUCUAG